ACGCGCCUUGUCUCCUUCCUUUCCGUCGCCAUCUUUUGAGAAGGAUACACGUGCAGUGAGCCUUCGUCAUGGUUAGAUACUCUUCAGAACCCGAUAAUCCUUCAAAAUGUGCGAAAGCACGAGGAUCCUAUCUCCGUACAAGUUUCAAGAACAUGCGGGAAACCGCCAAUACCAUUAAAGGAAUGCCAUUAAGAAGAGCAUUACGUUACUUGAAAAAUGUAAUGGAGAAAAAAGAAAUAGUUCCUUUCAACAGAUUUAAUGGCGCUGUUAGUAAUCACGCUCAGGCCAAAAACUUUAAAUCUACCCAGGGUCGAUGGCCAAAGAAAAGUGCUGAUUUCCUUCUUCAGUUGUUGAAGAAUGCUGAAAGUAAUGCAGAGUUUAAAGGACUGGACACCGAUCAUCUCGCUAUUACUCACAUGCAGAUCAACAUGGCCCCUAAAAUCCGAAGACGACUCUACAGAGCCCACGGUAGAAUUAAUCCCUUCAUGAGUACACCCUGUCAUAUUGAGCUCAUUCUCACUGAAAAAGAAGAAAUGGUUCCCAAGCCAGCUGGAGAAGAUGAACCCUCCAAAAGAAAGGUUUCCAAGAAGAAGCUUGCACGACAGAAAAUGAAGAUGAGGGAUUGAUCUAACUAAUGUUAUCAAAACAAUUAAAAAAAUUGAAAAUAA